AUAAUGAGCAGAGCAUUUGGUAGAUGGAGCUAUCAAAUGAUUUUUCGCCUUGAGUUCCCACUGUACUGGUCAUAAACAUCGGGGUAGUCAAAGAAACGACAUAUAUUUACCUAAAUUAGAUUGCACGAAAUAUAAAUAGAAAUCGUGCUUCGAAGUUACUUGAAAUCAUGGCAAGCUGCAAGCCGGUAACAUUAGCUUUCAAAGUCUUUGAAGCUGGCCAGAAUGUCGAAAGGAAUAAUCCCAUAAUAAUAUUGCAUGGUUUAGGUGGCUGUAAAGAACACUGGGAUGAUAUUCCACAAAAAGUAGCUGAAGCCACUCAUAGAAGGGUAUAUACAGUAGAUGCCAGAAACCAUGGUGAUAGUGACUGGAGCGAUGAAUUUAAUUUUGAUUUAAAUGCAGUGGACCUCAUACAUUUUAUAGAACAAAUUGCAGCUGAGAAAGUCACAAUUGUAGGCCAUAGUAUGGGAGGGAUAACAAGCAUGAAGACAGCUUUAAAAAUACCCGCUAAAGUUGAAAAAAUAGUUAUCGAAGAUGUUGGUGUUUUAGUACAUAAAGGUAUUUUAGACUUUAUAAGGUUGGUAUUUUCAUUACACGAACAAGCUAUCUUGAACAUGCCCAAAGUUUCUACAAAACAAGAGGCUGUGAAGUUCUUCAGUGAUUUUGUGUAUGAACGAGUUCCAGAUGAAGCAAAAUCACUCGUUAGGGACUCAGAGGACAAAAAUUCCAAAUACCUGAAGCAAAAUUCCGAUGGUAGUAUUAGUUACUCAUCAAAUAUAAAAGUAUUGAGGAAAUCUUUAGAAAAUGAAGAUACUCUAGUGUCAAAAUAUGAAGGUGUGUUUGAUGGUCCUUCUUACUUUAUUUAUGGAAAGAAAUCAAUGUUUAACGUGAAUGAAGAAGCAGAAAUUAUUAAGAAACAUUUUCCGGAAGCCCAGUUUGUUGGUAUUGAAGGUGCUACUCACAAUGUUCAUUCGGAUGCUCCACAUCCCUUCUUUGAAGCUUUGUUGAAAUUCUUAAAUGAAUAAUUAUACAUAUUGUAUAUGUUACCGGAAAAUUUAAAAAUCUGGUAUUGUAUACAAUGCCGAAAAAAAGCUGGCUAUGUAUUAAACUAUGAAACGUUUCUCACAAUGGUUAGGUAUUGUAUGCAAUACCAAAUGAUAAAAUGCCAAAAUAUGAUGUAUAAUUAUUUCGCUUUUUUACUUAAUACGUUUGUGCAAUAUUGAUAUUAGUUAAAAUUAAUUUCUUCAUGCAAUAAUUUGGUUUAUAUUUUAUAUUGUUUGUUUUAACUUCUUAAUAGUUAAUAAUAAACAGGUAUAAUAAUCUGGCAUAACUGAAAAUUUUCUUUAGCUCUGAAAUCAGUUACGUUACUUAAGAAAAGCAAAUAAAUACAUAAUGUACUUUUUGUUGAAAUUCGCAUUUCUCGUGUUUCUUUUUUAAAUAAUCGUCAUUGAACACAAUGCUUACGCAAAAUAUGCAAUCCUGUAGUUUAAAUAUAUAACAUACCUUAAAUUUUAUGAUUUUACUGAAAACGCCAGUCGUUAUGCACAUACAGGUAUUUCCUAUAUUGUCUGUAAAAUAUGCUUACUCUAAUAAAGAAAUGUUUUUACGGAA